AUGGAGGGAGUACGUAGUGCUCACAAGAAGCCUACUCUUGGUGAAAUGACGCUUGAGGACUUGUUGUUGAAAGCAGUUGUUGUGACUGAGACAAUUCCUGGUGGUGGUUUAGGGCAAAAUAUAACUCAGGCUGUCCCAUGGGUUCAGUAUCAUCAGCUUCCGUCAAUUCCAUAUCCUGUUGUAGACAUGCAAGCAAUGGUGUCUCAGUCUUCGUUGAUGGGUGGUUUGUCAGAUACACAAACUCCAGGAAAAAAAAGGGUGGGUUCAGGAGAAGUUGUGGAGAGGAAGCAGAAGAAAAUGAUAAAAAAAAACAGAGAUCAAGCUAUCCCUUGUUUUUUCUUGGUGUGUAACACUGAGUGUGUUGAUGAGCAGGCUUACACUCAUGAGCUAGAGAUCAAAGUUUCACGGUUAGAAGAAGAAAACGAAAGACUCAGGAGACAAAAGGAGGUAGAGAAGAUCCUCCCAAGCGCACCACCGCCUGAUCCCAAGCAGCAGCUCAGGCGUACAAGCUCAGCUCCUUUCUGA